AUGGCCGCAUUCGUUAAAGCUAUCAAUGCCAAGAUUAGGGCGAAUCCAGUCCUCGACUAUGUCUGCUCCACCCACUUUUGGGGUCCCGUCUCCAACUUCGGUAUCCCCUUGGCGGCCGUCAUGGAUACACAAAAGAGUCCCGAGCUCAUCUCGGGCCAGAUGACGGGUGCUCUUUGCAUCUACUCGUGCGUCUUUGCUCGAUACGCCCUCGCAGUCUCUCCUAAGAACUAUCUCCUAUUCGCGUGCCACGUUGUCAACGGUACUGCGCAAUUUACCCAAGGCUACCGAUAUCUGAACUACCAUCACUGGGGAGGAAAGGAGAAGCUAGAGGCGGAAACGGGGAAGCUUGGUACUGCGGUCCCUGCUGCUACUCCCACGCCGGCACUCGCAAAGCCUGAGGACAAGAAGGCGUAG